AUGUCCGCGGGCGAUCGCGGUGAUUGGCUGCCCCCGCGCGAGCCAGGCAGCCCGACCAUCCGUACGGUGGAGAUGCACGCGGGAGGGGAGCCGCUCCGGGUGGUGGUGCCUGGCGGGCUGGGCCUGCUGGAACCCGGGCCUGAGCUGCCUCUCCUGAGUCGGCGGCGUCGCCUGCUGGACUCCCCGGAGCUGGACGCUGUAAGGCGGCUGCUGAUGCACGAACCCCGCGGACACCGCGACAUGUACGGCGCCGUGGUGGUGCCCAGCGAGCUGCCCGAAGCCGCCCUCGGAGCCCUCUUCAUGCACAACGAGGGAGCGAGCUCCAUGUGCGGCCACGCCGUCCUUUGCCUGGGCCGCUUUGCCCUCGACUACGGCCUCUGCCAGCCCUCGCCUUCCCCCGGCGAGACCGCCGUCACCAUUCACUGCCCCUGCGGGCCCGUCAAGGCUUUUGCGUCCUGGGACGGGCAGCGCAGUGGAAGCCGCGUUCGUUUCCACAGCGUGCCUGCCUUCGCCGCGGCUACCGAUAUAACCAUUGAUGUUCCUGGCUAUGGAAAAGUCCUCCUUGAUGUUGGCUAUGGGGGUGCUUUCUAUGCAUUUCUCAGUGCUGAACAAUUAGGCCUUGAUGUGUGUUCCUCAAAAAUUAGGGAUCUUGUAGAUGCGGCAUCUGCAGUAACUGAAGCUGUAAAGGCUCAGUUCAAAGUUCACCACCCUCUCAUUGAAGAGAUGGCUUUCAUUUAUGGAACUAUACUGACAGAUGGGAAAGAUGAAUUUAGUGAUGAACCUACAAGUAAUAUAUGUGUAUUUGCAGAUGCACAGGUUGAUCGAAGUCCUACAGGAUCAGGUGUAACUGCUCGCAUUGCCUUACAAUACCAUAAAGGAUUAAUUCAGCUGACCCAGACCAGGACCUUCAGAAGCAGUUCAACUGGUUCCUUGUUUACUGGAAAAGCAAUAAAGGAAACAAAAUGUGGCGAUCACAAUGCUGUUAUAGUAGAAGUCUCAGGAGAAUCUUUUUAUACCGGAACGUCAACAUUCACUCUUGAAAAAAAUGAUCCACUGAAAUAUGGUUUCUUUCUCAAGUAAUUGCUUUUUUAAUGACUCUGAUGAAAAAGAUGCAUUUUUGUUUAGUUUUGAUUAUUGUAUUGGCUUUCAUUUCUUACUGAUAAUUAAUAAAUAAUUAUAAGAACACAGUGUAGCCAAAGUUAAGCAUUUUCAUAUCUACUACAAAAUCUUUGGUUGGUCAACAGGAACACGAUGGCAGGAUGGUAAGUCAUAAAUAUUUUUUCUUGACAUGUGAAAAACCUUGUAGGGGACAAAUAGGAAAUUAGAAUAAUUUAUAAUGAAUUAAUAAACGUAUGAUAGCAAAAUGCUGUAAGUAAUAAUAAAUUAGAAUUGCAUUAGUAGUUAGAUAUUUAAAAACAGCUUACAAAGAAGUUGAUCAAGGAUUUCUGAGGAUAACUACUUUUUCACUGACAGUUGAAAUGUGGGAAUUUUUUUGCUAGACGUUUUGUGUGUAUGUUGGGGAAGGAUACCUAUUCUUUGAAUUACAUUAUGGAUAUCAAUUAUAGUGGUUAACAUUUGUUAAAAAAUGAAAGUCUUAAAGGCCUUUACUGGGAAUAUAACUGAUUAAGUUCACUGUGAUUCAAUGCUGAGUAACCAUGCAGAAUUAAACAGUUUGUUUUCCCCCUUGUUUAUGAAACAAGUUGUUUUAUCUGAUUUUGACCUUUUCUUACAUGGCUGUACAACUAUCCAUGUUGGAUAGGCAAAACAAUUACCUUCUUAAAAUUGAGUAUACUGUAAAGAUUGAUGGCCAACACAUGGAUUUAUUAA